AUGUUACCUAGAAUGUUAUUGUUUAUAUCUGUAAUAUUUUUCUUCCUUCGUUUUUCUUUAGUAUCUGGAAACAGUUAUGGCGCAUAUGAUAAAGGUAAAUAUGGGACGGACUACAAAAAACCCAGUUACGACGAUGGAUAUAAGCCCAGCUACGACAGCGGUUACAAGCCCAGUUACGAUAGUAGUUACAAAAAGCCUAGCUACGACAGCGGUUAUAAGCCCAGUUAUGAUAGUGGUUACAAAAAGCCCAGCUACGACAGCGGUUAUAAGCCCAGUUAUGAUAGUGGUUACAAAAAGCCCAACUACGAUAAUUACAAGCCCAGCUACGACAAUGGCUACAAAAAGCCCAGCUACGACAGUGGUUACAAGCCCAGCUACGACAAUUACAAGCCCAGUUACGACAGUGGUUAUAAAAAACCCAGCUACGACAGUUACAAGCCCAGCUACGAUAAUUACAAGCCCAGCUACGACAAUGGCUACAAGAAACCGAGCUACGACAGUGGUUACAAGCCCAGCUACGACAGUGGUUACAAGCCCAGCUACGACAAUGGUUACAAAAAGCCCAGCUACGAUAAUUACAAGCCCAGCUACGACAAUGGGUACAAAAAGCCCAGCUACGAUAGUGGUUACAAGCCCAGCUACGAUGAUGGUUACAAAAAGCCCAGCUACGACAGUUACAAGCCCAGCUACGACAAUUACAAACCCAGCUACGACAGCUACAAGCCCAGUUACGACGAUGGUUACAAAAAGCACAGUUACGGCGGAAAAUACGGCGGCGGUUACAAAAAAAGCAAAUACAACAAAUACAACUCUUAUAGCGGUAGCUCCAGCGAGGAAGAAUAUCCACCAAGACACCACUACAGAGGAGGCUACCAUGGUGGUCAUCGUUAUGGUCACAAAAAGCAUCACUAUGCCGGAGGUUAG